AUGAAGGUCCAAGCUGCCAUCGCCGGCCUGCUAUCGCUCACCGGACUCGCCUCCGCGGCCGACCCGUCCUGGCACGACCUCGCCAUCUCCGCGCCUCACUACAGACGAUACCUCACGCGCACCGCCUCCAACGAACCCUUCUUCUGGCAAGCCGACACGGCCUGGGAGCUCAUCCACCGCCUCAACAAGACGUCCAUCGACUUCUACCUCAAGACGCGCGCCGAACAGGGCUACAACGUCGUGCAGACCGUACUGGUCUCCGAGCUCGACGGCACCACCCGCGCCAACUUCUACGGCGACCUGCCCUUCAACAACUCGGACCCGACCAAGCCGAACGAUGCGUACUUCGAGCUGGUGGACUGGACCGUGGAUCUGGCCGCCAGCUACGGCAUCCUCGUGGCGCUCGUACCCACUUGGGGCAUGUACGUGAACGGCGGCUGGCACAGCACGACGCCCAUCUUCAACGAGUCGAACGCGUACGAGUGGGGCAAGUUCAUCGGCGAGAGGUACCCUGGCCUCCCGAAGAUCCUUGGUGGUGACUCGAACGUCAUGUGGUCGUGGAAUAUGUCGGCGGUUCAAGCCGCGUAUGCGGAGGACCCCGAUCAGGACCUGCCGUCUUUGAUGGCUCCAGUUGAGGACACGUCAUCUGUGUGGGCGAGUAUGCGUCGUGGUCUGAAGGAGUCCGAAAGCUCGCAGGGCUACGAAUCCGUCGUGCUGUACCACCCAGCGGGCGGUUGGAUCGUCAAACCCGAGGUGACGCCUCUGGCCUAUGGCCACAACAUGCUGCAGGACGAAGAAGAUCGUGUGUCCAUUGACGCCGUGCAGUCCGGCCACGCCAUCCCGGACCCGACCUCCAAAUUCACUCCUGCAGUUGGUUGGGACUCGAGAAACAACUACGAGAACAUUGCUGAGAUGCGUGACAAGUUCACGGGCCCAGUGCUUGAUCUUGAGAACCACUAUGAGGGCGCCCACUACAGCUUCAGCUUGACCCAGCCGAUCUGGAAUGCGUCCGAGGUGCGCACGGGUCUGUACCACGGCGUGUACGGAGGCGCUGCCGGCUUCACCUACGGUGCCAACAGUGUAUGGCAGAUGUACGAGCCCCGAGCGGACCUCGUCAGUGACGAUGUCUACUAUGACCCGCAGAUCAACCAGAACGCGACGGGUUCGUGGCGUCGUGACAUCUACUUCGAGGGUGCGACCCAGAUCCAGCACGUCACCAAGCCGCUGCAGAACCUCACCACCGCCAUCCUCGAAUCCCUCGAGCCUGCGCGGGAGCUUCUGUCCAGCCCCAGUGGACACACCGACAAGUCCGUCAACACGUACGAGGGAACGCGCUACAUUUCGAUUCUGGCGUCCAAGUCUCGCGACCGCUACUUCGUUUACACCGGGCACGGAGACUCGUUCAGUCUGCAGCUCGACAACGGAUCGGGAGCUCGUACGGGAAGUGCAAGCUGGUUCUCUCCUCGUGAUGGUCAAUACUCGGCCAACUCGACGGUGAGCGUUCCUGAGAGCGGUAACGGUACCCGCGUGGACUUCACCCCUCCGUCGGGCGGCGGCGUGGACGACGACUGGCUGCUAGUGCUCGAGUUCUGAGCAUUCGGCGUUAAACUGGUAGCAUAGCCUCCAGCUACUUGAGUAGUACGUAGUACUGUACGUGUCGAGCGCACACUGUGCUGCAGUAUGAAUAUGAAAGUCGAUCUUGUGAAUGGU